UCUCGGAGUGUGUAUGUCUAGUGCUGCUGUAGUACUUUGCUGCCCGAGUGCCCUUCCCACGAGAAUGCAGUUAUUGUCAUGUACAAUAUUUUUUCCAAAGGUUGCUUUAUAGCAACAACUACGCGUAUGCGAUCGCGCUGUGAUUGACUCUGUUUAAGUGUCGUGCAUUAGUGUCGUGCCGCGAACGGAGGAUAGGGUGCGCGCUCCUAUCACGCGAGCAAUGCCGUCUACGAUGGAGGGUUCUUCGGGAGAAGGUGACCUGUUUACCGUGAAACACGAGCUCAGAAACGCCAAUCUGACGGGUCAUGUUGAGCGUGUUGGCAUUGAAAACUUUGAGCUGUUGAAAGUGCUGGGAACCGGAGCAUACGGCAAGGUGUUCUUGGUACGCAAGGUGAGCGGGCACGAUUCAGGUAAACUGUAUGCCAUGAAAGUGCUGAAAAAGGCCACUAUAGUGCAGAAGGCAAAGACGACGGAGCACACGCGCACAGAGAGACAGGUCCUCGAGCAUAUCAGGCAGUCUCCUUUCCUUGUUACACUUCACUAUGCCUUCCAGACGGACACCAAACUGCAUCUCAUUUUAGACUAUGUGAAUGGAGGUGAGCUCUUCACACACUUGGUCCAGAGGGUUCACUUCAAAGAACAAGAGGUCACAUUGUACAGCGGCGAGAUUGUGCUAGCGCUGGAGCACUUACAUAAGCUGGGAAUAGUCUACAGAGAUCUGAAACUUGAGAACAUACUUCUGGAUUCAAAUGGUCAUAUCGUGCUGACGGAUUUUGGGCUUAGUAAGGAAUUUCACGAGGUUGAGAGGACUUAUUCCAUCUGUGGCACUAUUGAGUACAUGGCCCCUGAGAUCGUAGCUGGUGGAGAGUCAGGACAUGACAAGGCAGUGGACUGGUGGAGCAUGGGGGUCCUGAUGUAUGAGCUGUUGACCGGAGGGUCUCCGUUUACUGUGGAUGGCGAUGAGAACUCUCAUUCUGACAUUGCCGAGAGAAUUAUGAAAAAGGAUCCUCCAUUCCCUAAAGACAUUGGGCCCCUGGCCAAAGACAUCAUCCAGCGACUUCUUAUUAAAGACCCAAAGAAGAGACUGGGCUCCGGGCCCUCAGGGGCCCAAAAUGUGAAAAGCCAUCCAUUUUACCAGAAAAUGAACUGGGAAGAUUUAGCUGCCAAGAAGGUUCCAGCUCCAUUCAAGCCUGUCAUUCGCGACGAGCUGGACGUGAGCAACUUUGCAGGGGAGUUUACAGAGAUGGACCCAACAUACUCCCCGGCUGCACUUCCAAACAACUGUGACCGCAUUUUCCAGGGCUAUUCCUUUAUGGCCCCCUCCAUCCUGUUUAAGAGGAAUGCGGUGAUGGAUGACCCCGCUUGGCUGUGUGGAGGGUCAGAGAGGCCGGGCUCUGCUGCUGUUGCCCGUAGCGCUAUGAUGAAGGACUCUCCGUUCUACAUGAACUACGAGAUGGACAUGAGAGAGAACGCACUGGGCGAGGGAAGCUUCUCCAUCUGCAGAAAGUGUACCCACAAGAACACCAGGCAGAACUACGCUGUGAAGAUCGUCAGUAAAAGGAUGGAGGCACUGACACAAAAAGAGAUCGCUGCUCUUAAACUGUGUGACGGACACCCUAACAUAGUGAAGCUACAUGAGAUCUACCACGACCAGCUGCACACAUAUCUGGUUCUGGAACUGCUGCGAGGCGGAGAGCUGCUGGAGAGGAUCAGGAGAAAGCAGCACUUCAGCGAGACGGAGGCCAGCCGCAUCAUGCGCAGACUGGUGUCUGCCGUUAGCCACAUGCAUGACGUGGGCGUGGUGCACAGGGAUCUCAAACCAGAGAAUUUGCUCUUUACUGAUGACACAGAGAAUUCAGAAAUACAAAUUAUUGACUUUGGCUUUGCUCGACUCAAACCCCCCGACAAUCAGCUCCUGAAGACCCCCUGCUUUACGCUUCAGUACGCCGCCCCUGAGAUCCUCAACUACGAUGGUUACGAUGAGUCAUGUGACCUCUGGAGUUUAGGGGUUAUUUUGUACACCAUGCUGUCCGGCCAGGUCCCCUUUCAGUGUCAGGAGAAGAGUCUAACACACACCAGUGCAGAGGAGAUCAUGAGAAAGAUUAAAAAGGGAGACUUCUCUUUUGAAGGUGAAGCUUGGCGGAACGUCUCCAGUCAGGCAAAGGAUCUGAUACAAGAGCUGCUGACAGUGGAUCCUGACAAGAGAAUCAAAAUGUGUGGCCUGCGUUACAAUGCCUGGCUGCAAGACGACAGUCAGCUCUCCUCCAACCCUCUUAUGACUCCUGACAUCCUGGGCUCAUCUACCGCCUCGGUGCACACCUGUGUCAAAGCCACCUUCAAUGCCUUUAAUAAGUGUAAACGGGAGGGUUUCAGACUCCAGACGGUGGACAAGGCGCCUCUUGCCAAACGCCGGAAGAUGAAGAAGACCAGCACUAGCAGCAGCUCCAGCGAAAGCACACGCUCCUCCUCUUCCUCACAGUCUCAGGACAAGACGCUGCCGGGUGGCGAGACGGCCAUCAUCCCACAGUCCUCCGUUAGCACACCUCUCACUCUGGGCCCUGAUGACGAGAAUGAACCCCGAACUGCCUUCACCUUCACAGAGUGAGCCUGUCUGACAGACGGACUUCUCCCAGCAUCCCUCUCUGUCUCCUUCACGCUCUGGCCCUACAAAAAGUGGCAUUAACUCCGUUGCUAGCAAUAGAUGCACGUUUUGAGCGCUGAAGAUGUGGCUGGAGGAGUAAACUUCCCUCUGAAGGCCACAGAACUUUGAGGAGCAUCUACACCUUCUACCAACAAGGAGGUCAGCUUCUGCAAUGUGCCGACAAACCAGGGUCUGUGCUUCUGGGAAAAUAGUAUGAAAUACAACAAAGAAAGGAAUACUGUAUGUAUGCUAAAAUAAUUAUAUUUAAGAGGAGAUUUAUCAUUUAUAUGGACUUUUUAUGUAUUUGGUAUAGAAGAAUAAAUAACGGUACGAUGGCUCCACUUUGUUUUCGUUUGACUCGCAUAUCUAACUUCAAUCUUUGACUUUUCCCGAAGUAGCAACAGUUGGAUAAAAGAUUCUGAGCAUUUCAUUGUUAAUCCGUUGACACUUUGUUACCCUGGCAAGAUGGAGAAAAACAAUAGUUUGUUUCAUAUUUACACAAUGUUUGAGUUGUCAGCUACGAUAUUUUCCUCAGGUUUAUUUUUGUUUCAGGCUUAACUCACUUUUAAAGAGUUGAGGUCAAAGCCACUUGUUAAAUUUGGGAACGUCAAUGUACAAAACAUUUGUUAAAGCGUUGUUCAUUCCAGUAGUCUAACAGUCUCUUUUGCUUUCGGCUAGACAUGUUGCCUUGGACUUGACUCUGAGAUAAACGUUAGGCUGAGCGCAGUUAGAUGUUCAAACUAAACAUCUGCCUAACACGCUAACGUACCUUUAAAUGACUGCAAGCCGCAUUUACUCUUAAUAUCAAAGCGGACUGCCUGUUUUAAGAUGUCUGUGGUUUCCUGUGUGUUGGACCGUGUUGUUUUUCUGGUCCUGUGUCGAUGACUGAUGCUUUGACACAGGCGAUGUGGUAGAGCCUGCGGUUUUAAAAACGACACGCUUGCAUGUUUUUCCUGUUCUCCGUUUCACAAGCGUCGAGGUUUUGUGACACUUAGCUAAUUAUGUGGUUAUCAGCGUUUGUGCGUUUACUUGAUAUUACUAGCCGACCAUUUCGGUGGCUUUCGCAGUUGAAAGGGAAUCGUUGUAUAUUUGGCCUAAAUAAACCGUCUGUUUUAUUUAGCGUAAUGCUAUAAUAGUUCACUAGAUAGCAUUCGCAUCAAGGACUACAAAAAACAGGCAUUUAACCUCAACAUUGCUAUGCAAAAGUUGUCAUUUUCAGAUUUUAUGUUUCUACUCAUAUCCUUACAGAACCUUAUGCAUUACAAUAUACUGAUGCAAAUCAGGGCAUCCGUGCAAGUACAACUGCCAUUGAGUCUACAGCUGCAAAUAAGCUUGCGUUCCAUCCCGAGAGGAGAAAUCACAUCCGGUCGCUUUUUAAUGGGGUUGUUGGACCUGCUCAAACACGCUUAAGCUGGUGCUCGUGCCCACUCGAACCCGGGCAGAGGACAAGAGCAAUAAGAAUAGCAGGUGCUCGGCUCACUUCCACUGCGUUCGGCUUCUUCCCCAUGACUGUCCUCCUUCAAGCUCCCUCAUUACUCCAUCUUUUGUUUGGGUGUAUUAAUAGAAGUGGGGACGGAGGCGGGAGGAAGAAAGUCCUACAUUGAACUCUCCUCUGGGAGGGAGGCAUUAUUACAGGGUUUGCCGUUCGCCCUUGAAGAGUUUGUCUCAUUGUUUCCCCGGGUCGCAUGGCUAUUAAAGAGACGGAGAAACACGGAGCUGGUUUUACAGUCUUGAUGUAGAGAAGUCUCUUUAUUUCUCUUGUUAGCUAUUAUAAGAUUAAAGGCCAGCCAUGUGGGUUUCUACUAAUUUUAUUUACUGUUUAUAGAAGUGGAGCGAGCAUUUCGUAAGCGUCCGGGCCCUUCAACCCAACCUUUGAUCUGAGCACUUCAUUUUUCUUGCUCUGUUUUAAAUGCGUUUCAAUUUUCUUGUUUGGUUUUUGAUAAGUAAAAGAGGGAUACUUCUGCGUGCAAGUAUAUGUGAUAGCAGUGGGUGUGGACGACUUAUCUGCGCGCAGAGAUGCUGUGGUUAGACUUUUAAGCCCCACCUUGUUUUUUAAGGGGUUCAAAUAUGAAAAGUUGAGGUUGUGCACAGAUGUAAAUUGUGUUGCGGAUGUUGUGGAGUUUUUCUAUUGCGGAGAAUCUAGUUGAAAGUUUAAACUGUGGUCUGAAAUGUAAAGCUUUAUAUUUGAGAUUUCAGACUAAAUAGAUUUUUGUCCGAGGAAAAUAUUGAAACGUAAUCUGACACAUACUUGACAUAUAUUUCACAUGACAUUGUCAUGAUUAUUAAGCACAAAUCAUUUUUUCAUUAUUCUUAAUGAUUCUUUAAGUGUUAUAAACAAGCUUUAGCAGUUAAAAUCCUUGAACGGGUCCACAUUUAGAAUAGAUUAUAAAACAAGAACUCAGAUGCUACACGCUGUCUUUUUCUUUAAAGGAGACUAUACGUUCUCCGCUGCCUGGGAGGUCACCGAAGUCUCAUCAGUGUGAAGUUAGAAAGGAUUUUCUUUCAUUACAUUUUACCAAAGUCAUACUUUGUAGCAGUAAAACUUCAUGCAAACUCUAAGCCUUUUACAACACACGCCAAGCUUUAAUUUUCUUUGUUGUAGAGACUUCGGCCUUUUGAGAUGUUUGUUAAAAAAAAAGUGUAGGUCAGUAACAUUGGGCUUCCUUCUUCCGGCAUUUACUGCUGUGAAACACAUUUCUGUUUUUGCACUUCUGCAUGCAAUUCUGUAUGUUACAGUGGUUAUAAAACAAGCAUCCGUUCUAAAGACUAGCACAAACCCACUGGUUAUUUACAUUUUCCGUCUGUAUCACUGUGACCUCUGUUUAAGUUAUGACACAAAUGGUCAGCAUAGAAAUGGACUUUGCAACCACAAAAAUGAGUAAACACAAGCAUUCCUACUGUGUGAGAUUGUGGGGUUGACAGUUAAGCUGCCAAUGACUUGGUUAAUGAGAAAUUUGUAUCUUUCAGAUGAUUCAGAAACAUCUAAGAUUGAAACUCAGUUUUAAAAAAUAUAUACAUGUGUUUUGCUGUUCCUACUUUUCCUGUCCAGCUGUUGAAACAAAAGCUGGUUUAAUUUGCAAUGGGAAAUUUCCAUUAAUGGAAUUCAAGAGAAUUUUUAAACUUAGUGUACAGUUGUAAACUUCCACCAAGGGGCGCUGUUUACACAGAUUUAGGCAGCCUGUUUGCUUUGAUUGUCAAUUUACCCAGAAAUACUUGAAUAUGGGAUGUACAGUAUAUAACAGUCUCUACAGUCUACUAGUCCUCACUGUGCACUUGAUGUUUAGCAUUAAACAUUAUGAUGCCAGAUUUCAACCUGGGAUCCGAAUGGCUUACACUUACAUAUUUUUAGUUAUCUAGCUGGGCUAGAGUUAUUCUCGCAUUAAUUUAUUUAAACUGAAUUGUUAUUAAAGUAUAAUGCUUAAAGCACCGAAAUAACAUCAUAUUUAUAGUAAUUUUAAAGCUAUUCCGUUAGCGCUAAGCCAUUUAUCUGCCACACAGUAUGACACUGAACCUGUUUAUUUGUUUUUCAAAUGAUAUUCUAUUGAAAGAAGAGGACACAAUAUUUAUGAAGGUUUUCUUAUUUUCAGAGAUGGAAAAUAUGUGGUUACAUCAGACCUUUGUGUGUUUUGGAGUGUCUUGCAUGAGUGUUGUCUUUGCUGAGUUAAAUCAGCUCUGUGCGAUGUCGGCGAGUGCCCUCCUGUUAUUAACUAGUCUUGUUAGCAGCUGUUUUCCUGUUUGUUUUGUGAUUCAAAAUAUGUUUGAGGUGGGUAUUAAAAAAAUUAAGGGCUUUAAAGUUUGAAUACAUAUCUUAUUGAACAAGAGUAAUAUAAUUUUAAUUGUUACAAAUGGAAUAAAACGUAUAAAUUUAAAAAAUGUGUGUCAGUGUU